CCCGGAGCCCCGAGGGGCCGGAGCUCCUGGCGGUGCCGGAUCCUGACGGCGGCCUUCCCCCGGGUCUGUGCAAUUGACACUUGAUGUUGGUAAGGAGUAAUUUUUAACAGCCUUUGAGAGUCUUGUGGUAACUUCCUCUUUCAAGGACAAUUUCAUUCGGAUACAUACAAAACAGAUAUGACAACACAUUUGAUUUUGGAAGGAACGCAGGAAAUGAGAAAGAAAGACCAGCGCAGGAUGUCCUUCCGGGGCGCCCAGGCGGUCUUAGCACAAAAUAAAACUGGUUGAUACCGGAUGUGUUUCCUCCAGGCUAAGUCCAUCUUCCGGCCUGGGCCCUGCUGCCGCGGAAGCCUCAACCCCAAUUUUGUGAGUCGAUUGUGACAAUGGCCGCUGAAUCUGAAGUUCUGCACUUCCAGUUUGAACAGCAAGGAGAUGCAGUCUUGCAGAAAAUGAAUCUCUUGAGACAGCAGAAUUUAUUUUGUGAUGUAUCCAUUUAUAUUAAUGACACUGAGUUCCAGGGGCACAAGGUGAUUUUGGCUGCAUGCUCUACUUUCAUGAGAGAUCAGUUUUUACUCACACAGUCAAAACAUGUCAGAAUCACCAUCCUGCAGAGUGCAGAGGUUGGAAGAAAAUUGUUACUCUCUUGCUACACUGGAGCACUAGAAGUUAAAAGGAAAGAGCUUUUGAAAUAUUUGACUGCUGCCAGUUACCUUCAGAUGGUUCACAUUGUGGAAAAGUGCACAGAGGCUUUGUCAAAGUAUCUGGAAAUCGAUCUUGCUAUGAAAAAUAACAACCAGCACACUGACCUGUGUCAAUCUUCUGAUCCAUAUCAUAAAAGUGAAGAAGAGAAUUCUGAGAAAGACUGUGAGAUAAUUGAAAUUUCAGAAGAUAGUCCAGUAAACAUAGAUUUUCAUGUUAAAGAAGAAGAAAACAAUGCAUUGCAGUCCACAGUGGGGAGCUUGACAUCGGAAAGAAAGGAAAUGAAGUCACCAGAGCUGUCUACAGUAGACAUAGGUUUUAAGGACAAUGAAAUUUGUAUCCUCCAUGUAGAAUCUAUCAGUACGGCUGGUGUAGAAAAUGGGCAGUUUUCACAGCCUUGUACUUCAUCAAAAGCAAGCAUGUAUCUCUCUGAAACACAGCAUUCAUUGAUUAAUUCUACAGUCGAAAGCAGAGUGACAGAAGUUCCUGGAAAUCAUGGCCAGAGCUUAUUUUGUGAGAAUACCGAUGGAAGUCAUGGCACGGUGAACGAGAUUCAGAAUAUGGAAGAGAGUCAUUCAAUGAGGCACCAGUGCCCCAGGUGUCCUCGAGGGUUUCUUCAUGUUGAAAACUACCUACGCCAUCUUAAGAUGCAUAAACUGUUCUUGUGCUUACAGUGUGGCAAAACAUUCACACAGAAGAAAAAUCUUAACCGGCACAUUCGAGGGCACAUGGGCAUACGGCCCUUUCAGUGUACCGUGUGCUUAAAGACCUUCACCGCCAAAAGCACACUUCAGGACCACUUAAACAUACAUAGUGGGGAUCGGCCAUACAAAUGUCACUGUUGUGAUAUGGAUUUCAAGCACAAAUCUGCCCUCAAAAAACACUUAACUUCUGUUCAUGGCAGAAGUAGUGGUGAAAAACUAUCUAGGCCUGAUCUGAAAAGGCAAAAUCUAUUAUGAUUGGAAUUGUGGACUUGCUGUGUAAACCUUGAAUCUUUUUGUUAGGCAAGUCUUUGUGUAGAAAUGCAGCAUUUGUAAUACUAUACCCUCUCCCCUAUUUAGGUUUUACUUUUGAUCUACCUGCACAUACUGCUUUGUCUGAACUGAUAAAGGAGGCCUGAUAAAGCCGAUGGGAUGAAUUAUAUACUGUAUAAAUCCUAAAGGAAUAUAUGCCUGGAGAAAGAGUGUUCUUUUAAACAGCCUCAAUUCUAAUUGACUGAGAACAGUAUUUGCAGAUUCUUUUUUUUUUUUUUUUUUUUUUGGUACUGGGAAUCGAACGGUAUUUGCAGAUUCUAACGUGUAUUUUCUAGGUAAUUGAUUUCAAUGUUAAAUCCAACCACAUAAUAACUUUAAUGAAGUAGAGUGACAAAAAAUAAAUUUUAAAAUACUGUUAUCCAUUACGGGUCACUUUAAGAACAAAUAGGAUUAGCAAUUUUUUUCUUUUAACUUUUAGCCAUGUUCUUAGGUUCUAAACUAAGGUGCUUACAGUUUAGAAUUAAGGUACUUAAAUUUUAAACUGUGAAAAAACAAUUCAGAUUUACUUGAUGAUAGCAGAAUUUCCUUAUAAUGUGUUAAUAUUUCUUAAAAUACUUUUAUUGCUAUUUGUGAUCGUUUAGAUGCCUUAGAAUAAUUAGGUCCACCUUUCUUGAUUGUAUUUAAUACAAUUGGAUUGAUAAUUUUGUGGCCAGUAAAAUAAUGCCGUUGGCACAAAGCUAUGAAAAAUUACUUUUCUAGAAAUUCCAGCUUUAUCAAAGAUACUUGUUUUACUGUGUUUUUCCCAAAGUUCCUCUUUAUUUUGUCAUUUAUGUAGUAUAGUUGACCUUUUUGGUGUAUACUUCCAUGAAUUUUAACACAUGUACAUAUUUGUGCACUAUCAGUGCAGUCGAGAUGCAGAACAAUUCCAUCACCUCUAAAAACCCCCUCACGCUGUUCCUUGUUACUUCCUCCUAGCUACAAAUAGUUCUUCAUUUCUAUAAUUUUGCCUUUUCUUGAAAGUUGUAUAAAUGAAAUCUUAUUUUUACCCAGCGUAACACCUUUGGAGUCAUUCAUGUACACACUAAUAGCUCAUUCUCCCUUUUUAUUUUCACUUGCCAAUAUAUAUUCUGUCACCAAUGAACAGUUUAAAUACUAGUACCAACUAUUAAUUAUAAUUCUUAAUUUACAUUAAUUCAGUUUACAUUCAUUAUGUUAAGAAAAAAUGUUAACCAUCCCUAGAAUUUUAUUUGGUAUUUCUGUAAAGUGCCAAAAGGAAAGUUAUAAUUGUGGUUAUUUUAGUGAGUAAUAUUUCAAAUUGUGUUCUGAGACCUAGCUCUUGAUAUCCUUUUCUACAUAUAAUACAAAUUGUUGUUGUUGUUGUUGUUACAACAAAGAUCAAAAUAUAUUCCAGGGCAAAUCACCUCUGAAACACAUGAACUACUUUGAGUAAAGAAGUCUGACUGGAUGCAUCUUGCUUUCAAGCUAAAACCCUAUUCCUUCUCUACUUACCUCUUUAUUUAGAAAUUCUACUGUAUUUAACUUCUACUGGUGCUCUUUUGAAUUUUAAAACAUAAUAUACUUUGUAUCAUUUUUAAGAAUUUUGUGAAGAAUCCCAUGUUGUUAUAAAGGUUAAAUACAAUUUUUUUGACAACUUUUGUGGAAAAGAUACUCUCUAUUGAAUUUUAAAUCUGGGAGAGAUUUUUUUAAAAUUCAGGUCUCAUAUUUGAUGAGAAAACUGACUUCAUAAAUCCAGGUCACUAAUUACUGAUAUUGGGCAGGUCCUUGAACUUUAUGUGUAUAAUAAUUUUAAUCUCAAUCAUUUUUAAGCUCCUUUCCAGGAGUAAAAUUGUAUUUUAUAUUUAAUUUUUUUCCUGGGGAAAGCAAAAGAGGAGAAUUAUGUCUUCAUUGAUGUUACUCUUUGAGCACUCCAUCAAAGACAAAAUUUUUCUAAAUAGUGUUUUUCUUUAACUUGAUAAUAGUUUAGAGCUUAAUUUCCUUUCCCAUUUAUAGUUGUGGCCAUUUAUAGUUGUGGAAAUAUUUUCCUUUCAGAAAUAGUUUUCUUGUGAUUAGGCUACUUUUCUUAUUUUUGCUUCCUAGGAUGAAGUAUUGGAGGGGAGGGCUAAGUAUGGGAGAAGAGAGUAAAAAAAAAAAAACCUGAUUUUUUAGGAAUUGGUAUCUAUCUUGAAUGCUUGAUAAAAAUUUUAGUUGGAACAAUGUUUAUGUGUGCCUUGUCAGAUGUUGUACAAGUUUUUUGAGCACUUUGAGAUUUUUGUGUGUGGGGAAGGUAUUUUGUAAAAGUGAUAGUUGUUAUUUAUAUUAUUUAUUCUUGGUAAGUAGCACAGAAUAAUCUCAAGACAUUCUAAAGAAAGUAUCUGUUUGCAUGAUGUGUCUAAAAUAUUUCUCAAAAAUGGAAUCUUAACAUGCAGGUAUGGCAAAGUAAAAUGUAAAAUUUAUUAUUCAUUUAAACUACUUUAAGUUGCUUUUGUUUCAGAUAAGACAGAAAAAUGUAACAUCUUUUGAGUUCAGCCCCUUUUUGCAUUUACAUAUAUAAAAGAUCUUAAAAAGGUAGUUUAAGUUAAAGAGAAAAUUCUUGUCAUUUUUCCUUGGAUGUAACUAUCUUACAUGUUUACAUAAGAGAUAAAUAAUAAACUGGAGGUAAGAAUACAAAA